AUAUCUCUUUCGGAAAAUGGCCGAGUAGUUACGAAUGCAGUGAAAGUUUAAGAAAUGGAUUUCAUUGGCCAGUUCUAAGUUACGUAAUCUUGUUUCCAGCAAAACUUAAAAUCGCGCUCUCCUAAGUCAGUCAAAUAAGCCCACUUCAAAAGAUUCACAUUUUGGAUGAGAGGUAGUAAGUAUGGAAGAGAAGCGACGUCCAAAUCAUUUUCUGGCAAUUCAAGUAACCGACAAAAAGAUAAAACAGAACGUUCGAGAGUUACAGAACGUCAUUUUAGAGAAAGAGAAGCACCUGUCCCACGCGAUGGUCAAGACGGAGAGGCUACAUCUUACCCUGGGGGUGUACCAUCUAGAGGAUCAGGAAAGGGUCGCGCAGGCAGCAGAAGCGUUGGACAGAUUUCACAGUAAACUGAAUAUAUCGGAUUUUACGCCACCAAGUUUGAAUGUUUCUAUGGUGGGGCACUUUAAUCACCAAGUUUUGUUCGCAUCAGUGACAGAGGAUGAGGGAUUAGAUGUUUUCAACAACCUCGUUAAUUAUGUAAAGAAAUCUCUGGAGACUCUGACGGGUAUAAGGAGAAUUGAGCCAACGCAUUAUGAAGAGAAGAAGACUACUUACUUCGGAAAACAGACGGCAGAGAGUAUCCAGCUCUGUUCUAUGACUAAACCAAUGACAGAAUCUGGUUACUACCACACUGACGGGUUUGUAGCCACGGAUGACAGAUACACUCCUCACAUCACAAUCGGAAAGAUGUCCACAAAACUUCGAAAACUGGGUAUAAGGAGAAUUGAGCCAACGCAUUAUGAAGAGAAGAAGACUACUUACUUCGGAAAACAGACGGCAGAGAGUAUCCAGCUCUGUUCUAUGACUAAACCAAUGACAGAAUCUGGUUACUACCACGUAGAACACGAAAUCAGAUUUCUGGUCUCUGACGACUCAGAAGAUCAAUGAUAUCCAUAUUGCUCUUUAAAGACUAAUCCAGUGGAAUUGCAUCUAGCAGAUUUGUUACUGGAUUUUAAGUGUGGAAUUGCUUCUAAUAGGUGUGUUUGAGGGAAAAAAGCAGCAGAAAAAAAUAUUUCAAGGAAUGUUUAGAUCUAUGUCGACUAAUCAGCGGGUUGUAACAAGGCAUUGAAAUAGGAAUGUUAUGUGUGACAAUGAUACUCUAUAUAACACAUUUUUUUUAUUCAUGCAAAUUAUGAACACGAUCGAGAUUCAUCUGAUUGUCAUAAAUUAUAAUGUCUCUAGUAAUUAGUACCUGAGUGAGUAAGACAAAAGUCAAUUAAAAAUUAUUUGUUAAAUGAAAUAUGAAGAUAACGAAAGUAGUCAUGCUCAAAAGAAUGUAUGUUUUUCAAGAUUACACAGGACAUUAUAUAUAUAAUGACUAAAAUGUAUGUUUAAACGAAUUCUAGAUCACUUUUAUGUGUGAUGUUUCAAAACAUGGAUAUCGACAUUGAUAGAUCAAAGCGGAAAUGUUCAGCAUGUCUAAUGAACAUAUGUUUCAACGAAUUCUAGGUAACAUUCAUGUGUAAUUAAAUAGUAUGGGGCUUAGAUAUUGGCCUGGUACCUCAAAGCUUCUGGGUUUGAUUUCCAGCCCGGUCAUGAUUUUUUACUUGUUUCAGUGAUACGUGACGCUAAAUAUUUUCCAUGUUACAAAGAAUAUAAUCUGCUACCUGUUAGGUCGGUUGUUAUAUGCUUUGAUACAAAAAAUAAUUUAAAGUGCCUGGUAUUAUAUUCAAAAUAUCUUGAUUAAUUUUGAUCAU